AUGAUAAGAAAAUUACCUGAGGAUCUUGGAAAAAGAAUUAAGGCCCAGAGGUCUGUUCAAAGUACAUAUAUUGUUGUGAAGGAGUUGAUCGAAAACUCCAUUGAUUCAGGAUGUACAUGGAUAAGAGUACGAAUAGAUGAUUCUGUAACUGUUGAAGACAAUGGAUGUGGAAUUAGCGAUUUAAAUGAAGUUGGGAUUGAAGGGAGCACUUCCAAGGAAUCGAUGGCAUAUUAUGUUUUGGGGUGUGUUGAUAGAGUGGAAAGGUUUUCUUAUGGGUUCAGAGGUCAGGCUCUUAGUUCUCUUGCCGAAGUUUGUGACUUAGAAAUCAUUUCGAGGUCUGAGCAUCCGUUUGCAUUUAGGAGGGACUUUUCAGCAAACACCAUUUCUAAGUGUGCCAGGGAAAGAGGCACAACUGUUCAUGUAAGAAACCUAUUCAAGAACUGCCCUUUAAGAAGAUGUGCAAAUGAACGAAGUCUGAAGAAAAACUUGGCGAAGAUCUGUAGUUUGAUUGAAUCAUAUCGUUGUGUUAAUAAGAUAAACUUCACUUUGUUUCACAGGAGAAAAGUUCUUCUGAGUUGCGGAGGAUAUGAAACACCAAAGGAGUACUUUGAGUCCAAUUAUCCUUCUUUUUCUGGGAAAUACAUGGAGGUGAGUAAUGGGCAAUUGGAGAUCUUCAUGCUUCCGGUGUCUGUCAGGGAUCCAAAGCAGCUGAUGUUUUCGGAAAAGAGGCCAAUUUCGAACAAAAGGAUAUUGAAUGGAAUAAAGAAUGAAUUCAACCUGUAUGCUGAAGGAAGCCCGACAUUUGUUCUUGUGAUAAAAGGAUAUGGAGAUGUAAAUGUAUCUACAGACAAAAGUGAGGUGAUAUUUGGAGACGAAACAGGGAUUCUAAAUCUUCUCAGGUCCGAGAUAGGGAGAUUCUUUUCUUCAGAAGCAUAUUUGCAUGUUGGGAAUAUCGGAGAAACUAAUAGAGGCCGUAUAUCAAGAAGGUGUGAUCCCGAGGAGAAUGAUGGGGAAGAGUUGAUGGGUAGAACCCUUUCUAGGAUGAAUGAGAGUCUUCCUGUUAUAAGACCUGCUAGGGUGGCCACUUCCUUUGAAGUAGGCCCACGGAAGCGGAACAUCCCUCCGCAAGAAAGUGUGGAGAGUAGUAAGGAACCAAUACCAUCGGAACCCGAGUUAUUUGUGGAGAAAGAGAAUGACAAAGAAGAGGAUGCUUCUUCUAGCCCCUUAGAAGGGUCAGAGCCCUUUCCCAAGAUGGAUCAAAUAGAAGAAGGCCACGAAGACGGAGGUAGCUUCGCAACAGGUGCAUAUUCAUUCUUCAAACAUGAUGACCUUGUCCAGCCAAAGGUUUCAUUCUCAAAGGAGGACUUCACCAGGAUGGAGGUCAUAGGGCAAUUUAACAAUGGAUUCAUCAUUUCAAAGUUAAAGAAAAACGAUAAGAUAUAUCUUGUGGCUGUAGAUCAGCAUGCUGCAGAUGAAAUCAGAAAUUUUGAAAGCAUCAAGAAAACGUUCCGUCUGAAAAAGCAGAGUGUGAUAGUACCUGUGAAGUUGGACCUUACUCCAAUUGAAGAAGUGAUUGUCAAUGAUAACCUAGAGCUAUUUGAAAGAAAUGGAUUUGUCAUCAAGAAUGGGAUGCUUGAGACCAUUCCCGUGUAUAAGAAUCAAGUGUUUGGAGUCAAAGAAUUCCAAGAGCUCCUUGAGGAUAUGAAGAAUGAUGAGUAUGAGUUCAAAAGGAUCCGAAACAUAAUUGCAUCCAAGGCAUGUAGAACAAGUGUGAUGAUAGGCGACGCACUUUCUAUGGCAGAUAUGAAGAAAAUAGUAAAAAGCUUGUCCUUCUUGGAUAGACCUUGGAAGUGCCCCCAUGGAAGGCCUACAUUCAUGAUAUUAAACGAAGCAGAGAUGUGA